AUGGCAAUUUGUUUACAUCAACAUAAAGAGACAAGAACUUUUGGACCCAAUGAACAAGUUUUGGUGAUUACAGUAAGAGGGGUACAACGAUUGAAUGAACUACACAAAUCAGCCCAGCUUUUUGAUCUUUCAGUUUUAAGGGUAGAUGAUAACUGCCGAGAGGAUCAUCAUGAACAGACCAUUCACAAGAUAAAGCCAAAGAAGGACUAA